ACGGAAUACCACCAUAGAUGCAUCUCGCUUCCCAUCUUACCUAAGUAGACUCCCUCAACAUCAGCAACAUCCUCAACCUAUCCACAUACCUCUUAAUCUUGACUUUCAAUUCAUCAACCUUCUUUACAACUCACAUCUAAACCCUCAUCUCCUCGAUCUCCUCUCCACUGUUAUCUGGGCAUCCUCUAUUCUAUCGUCAUCGAGUUCACUCUGAUAUCAUCUUUCAGAGCCACAAGUGAGUGAGAGAGAUAUAUAAUCAGGAUUAUCUUUUGAGCUAGUUUAAAAUAGCAAGCUCGCGAUUGAGUUGAUCUUGAUCUGGAGCGUUGGGAUUGGGAUUGAGCUGCUUGAGUAGAGGGUAGGGGAAGGAGGAUAGGCGGCCUGAGAGGGAGAGGAAGAUGGAGAUGGAGAUGGAGAUGGAUGUUGGGGAGGUGUCGAGUCUAGCUUUGACGGCUGAGGGUGAGGGUGAGGGUGAGGGUGAGAGUGAGGAUCAGGUGGUUGAGGGCGCGGAAGGAGACAGUACGGGGUUUGAAGGGAGCUUGGGACGUGCUGUGGAGCUUGGUGGAUCUCCUGGGGUGGGUGGGGAGCUGAGAGAUGAGAAUGAGGGGAAGGAUGAGGAAGUAGGGAAGGAUCAGGUUCAAAAUCAGAGACGGGUCCAGAAAGGCUCUGAGAGAGGAAGUGGAGGAAGUGAAGGGGACGUUGAUGGGGUUGACGAGGGUGGGAAUGUAGGCGUGGAAGACGAAGAAGGAGAGAAAGGUGGAGAUGAAACGUCAGAAGCUUCGAAAGACCCCGAGAUUGAAAAGAACGAGAAAAUCGAACUGCCUGUCUUGAAGAAUACGGGUAAAGUUUAUGAUGAAGAGGAAAGCAGACACCAGAAGAAGGUUCUCAGAUCUGAAAUCCCCGACAGUGAAGCUGAUACCGAGGAGGCUCUUAGUCCUGUCAAAGGCAGCGUCGACAACAAGCUCCGGGAGUCUGAGGCGGAUGAGAAAGAUCUAUCGAAGAAUGCUGAUUUAACGGGUGGUGUUCUAGCUGGCCAUAGCCAGGAGAGAAGUGUCGGAACCGACAAUACACCUCAGUCUUUGGAAGUGGAUAAUAUACCCUCACAAUCCAAUGAGCAGAUAAUUCCAGAGACCGGAACCCUACGAACCAACCCUGUACACCAAGAUAGUAGUGGAGUGUCUUUCGUCGAUGAUGAAACAAUGAUCAUUUUUCCAAAGCUCACCACAUCGGACCUACAACCUACCCACACGCCAACCCAGACGCAGACUCAGCCUCAAGAAGAAGAGGUAAUCAACUCGCACUUUGCAGAUGCGGUUGCCGUUAUGUCUGAUGUUGGAGGCGGGACCCAGGAUACGACGUCUUCACUUGGAGAAGAACCAGGGAAGGGAACUGAGGUUGUGACGGACUUGCCUGGUGAAGUGAGAGAUGAGACACAAGCCGGUGAUAUGGGCUUGGUCGGUGAAGUCGUCGCGCUGCAUGAGGCUACGGCUAUGGAUGUAGAACUCCUUGGUUCGCAGCCAUCUGAGGAUUCUCCUUCGGAGAAAGCUGUUCAGGUUCCAGUUAGACCUGCAUCUUCGUCGGAACAGUAUACAGUGCAAGACACGGGUUCAGCGGACCAACUUCCUGAUGCUCAGAAAGAACGGGACUCUUCGGUAGUUAGAGAGGAUGAGGAUAUUGUGAUGAGCGAACACUCGCUUCCAGAUCAACAAACCGAGACUAGAGACGAUGUCAUCCAGCAAGCCAAGGAAGAUGAGGCUAAAGACAUCGGAACGCAAUCAACUGCUUCAGGGGCCAUUGCCACGACUACAAUAAGGUCUCGAUCAAUCCCCGACAGUGAUGACGACGACGAGGACCUCACUGUUGCGGACUCGGUAUUGAAAGCCAAAGACCAAGCCAAAAGUCACUCUGAAGCUUCAAGUGUGAUUCAAGCACCUACCGAGUCCAACAAGGCAGGUGAGAAGGUCACUAAUCACCCGUCACCGCCCCAGACCAUGACCUACAAAUCCUCUCGGCCACGAAAAACACCUAGAUCGCCUUUCAAAGCACCCGCCAUGUCCACUGCCACCAAGUCCCAGUCCACGGAACCUACGUCGUCUCCUUUGAAACGCGAAGGUACGCUGUCCAUCCCUAUCACGAAGGCGAAAGAUACGGAGAGGGAGAAAGCUCCACCAGAGUCUUCCACAGUUUCGGAUGCAGCACAGAGCAAGGAUGUGUUGAUGGCGGAGUUGAAGGCUAUGAAGAUUGCUUCGAUACAGGCUCGCAAUGCUUGGCUGGAAGCUGAGAUCAAAAAGAAGAAAGCUAGGUUGGAAGAAGUUACCAAGGAGUUGAGAUACCCCGCUGCAGAAACCGUAAAGAACCAUAUCAAGUUGUUACAUGACUACAACGAUAUCCGAGACAUAGGACAGGGUCUGGUGGGUAUGAUUGCUGAUAAUAGAGGUGUAAGGAUCGGAGAGCUGUAUGAGGAGUUUGGUGUUGGGUUGAAGGAUUAGUAUCGAUGUGGGAGGGUAGGAAAGAGAGCAAAUUUGCUUGCAAGACUGCUGGCUAUUGUCGAUAUUGCAGGUGAAAAGAAUAUGGAGACAAGAUGGAAGUAUGGAUAGAGCUCGGUGUUGCUGGCGUAGAUAAGAUACCCAUUUGCUUUUCAAUUCACAACGUUCUAGAACACAUGUCAUAGAGCUUGUCCAUGGAGCUAGAGAUAAAUACUCGACUGCAACUUCAUUCUGAGUACCUAAAACAAGUAAACAUGCAGUGUAAUAUAAGGACAAAAAUAUCCGAAAAAGGGUAUAGAACGCAAAGACCCUUAUACCCACCCCAUCGUUCCCUUGAUAUCACUCCAGUGUCCCCUUCCCACCCACUACAAAAGAGAAGAA